AACGUAGGAAAGAGGGAAUGCUAUCAUGGAGAUAGUUGGUGGCCAAGUCAACAGACCUGGAGUCUACUCCCAGUUUUGUUACAGAUUUGUUAUGCAGCCUUGGGCAGUCGAGUCAAUCUCUCUGUGCCUCAGUUUCCCCUUUGAUACAGUGGGGGUAGUAACAGGGGCAAAGGAAACUGCAAGAUUAAGUAAUGGUUGCCAACUCUAAUCAGUACUGGUCUUAUUUGUUUGUACGGACUACUUUUCUCCUCCAGGGUCCUGUAACCCCUCUCUCUCGUACACCGCCGAUCAUGACUUCCGCAAAGGAGCAGGUGGCCAUCGGCAGGCUGUUAGCCUUCCUGCAGGAAUGGGACAAUGCUGGAAGAGCUGCCCGGAGCCACAUCCUGGACAACUUCAUUGAGGCAAAUCAAGGCAAGACAGGGCUGGAGUUGGAGCUGGAAUUCUUGCAGGGAGCCAGCCUGUUCCUGGCUCGCCUGACAGCAUGGCUCCGGCUGUCUUACAUGAAUGGAACAUGCUUAGACCAGCUGCUGAAGGCCAUAGGCAUCUUUUUAUCUGCUGCAAGUGGCCAUAGGUACCUCAUCGAAUUUCUGGAGGUUGGAGGUGUCCUGACUCUCCUGGAAAUAUUAGGGUUGAGCCAACUAAAGGAAGAAGACAAAAAAGAGUCAAUAAAGCUACUUCAGCUAGUAGCAAAUGCUGGCAGGAAGUAUAAGGAGCUCAUUUGUGAGAGCUAUGGUGUGCAAUCGAUAGCUGAGUUCAUGGCCAGUUCCAAGUCAGAAAAGACUCAGAGACAAGUGCAGAUUCUGCUGGACUCCUUAGGCCACGGCAAUCCCAAGUACCAGAACCAAGUGUACAAAGGCCUCAUUGCUCUGCUGCCCUGCACCUCCCCGCAUGCCCAGCAGCUGUCCCUGCAGACUCUCAGGGUUGUGCAGGUGAUUGUGGGGAAGAGCCACCCCAGCAUCGUGGAGGCCGUGCUGGGCGUGCUGCGCUCCGUGGAACUGGAAGUCCAGUACGAAGCCAUUCAGCUGAUAAAGGAUCUCAUGUCCUACGACGUCCGUCCAGCGCUGCUGCAGGGCCUGGUGGCAUUACUGAAACCACCAAGGAGGGAGGCUGUUAAGACACAAGCAAAAACCCUGGGAGAUCCUGCCACAUUUGACCUCACCGAGUCCUUGCCAAUGUACGUACAGCAGGCUGCUGCAGCAAAGGCCAUCGGUGUCCUAGCCAAGAGCUUGACCGACCUGGCCAAAGAACUGGUCCAGCUGAGAGUGGUGCACGGCCUCAUGUGCGCUAUGGGAAACCAGGAUCACACCACCAGCCAGCGACAGGCCAGCAUCACUCUGGCGCACUUUGUCCAGACAUUUCCCGUUGUGGAGGAGCACGUGCGGAAGGCGAUAGGAGAGCCUCUGUUCCAGCUCUUUAUGAGAGAUCCCAAGAGCUUGUACAUGAACAUGGAUGCAGUGCAGACCGACAUCCUGGUAUCCAACAAAGUGGACAUCCCAGGGAGCCUGCUAUGCCUGGAAAGGACGCAGCAGAAGGAAGAAGCCUGGGAAUGAGCAAACUACAGACCUGGACCAGCCCUGCUCAGCCCCCCUUGAUCCCACCU